UCCCUAUCUUUCCUCAUCAYACCCUAUACUUUACAUAUAAGCGAUGAAAACUUUGAUGACGACCAGUUCUUCAUAAUACACAGUGAAUCACACCACACCAYAACAAUGAAAGUUCUGAUAAUCAUUUGUGCCAUUUCCCUGAGUUUGGCUGUUGAAGAAGAUGGUCGAUACGUGCCUGAUAAUUCAGGCCAAUAUAUUCCAUCUGACGAAGGACAAUACAUUCCUGAUAAUUCCGGAAGGUACAUUCAUGAUGGAACUGGGGGAUACAAGGAUGACGGUACUGGGAGAUACAGUGGCCAAUUCAAUGGAAUAAACAGCAAUUUGCUGACUUCAAAUACUAAACAGCGACCUGUAAUUCAGCCUGUGAUAGACGUAAGAACUGCAAGAAGUAGCACCAUUCGGCCCUCUACUUAUCCACCCACUACUCGCCAACCCCUAAAGACUUACAAUAAUUACCAGGAAGGCAAAUGGAAAAUUAUAAAGCAAUUAGGUGAUGUCGAUACAGAUGGAUAUCAUUGGGAGUAUGAAACAGAAAACAAAAUUCUUGCUGAAGAAUCAGGAAAGCUUCACAAUGUUGGAACUGAUGCAGAGACUAUGAGAGCAAAAGGAUUUUAUCAAUAYACAGGACCUGACAAUGUAGUCUACACUGUUGAAUAUAUAGCUGAUGAAAAUGGAUUCUUCCCAGUAGGAAAUCAUCUGCCAACACCACCGCCAAUUCCGGCUGAUCUUUUAAAAGCUUUGGAAGCGGAUAGAGCCCAAAAUAAAAUUUAAUGUCAA